AUUCCCUGCCUCCUUCCUGUAACUGCUGCUUCCAAUGAACAAGAAUUAUUUUGAUAUUUUCAUCUUUCAACUUUCGUCCACAUCGAUCACUUUUCUACCCAAUAGCCUAAGUCAAGGCUCAAUACGGACCUUCCAUUACUAUAACAAUCUUAUCUAAAUUUCUGUAAGACCCGACCGGAAAUCUCUUCCAACCUGCACCAGUUUUUCCCGUUCCUUCUGCAGACAAUCAGACUGCAGGAGGCUAGGAAAGAUCAUCCAGUUUUCUCGUCGCUUCGAUCCGUCUAGCAUCUUCUUUCCCAAUUCAAAAUGUCGGAUAUAGAAUCGGCUCCUCGGAGUCAUCAAGAGGAGGAAGAUAAUGACCAGAAUGAUGCCCGUGCUGGUGAUUCAGACAAGGAUUCCGACGCGCUAUCCGACAUCGACGAGGACCAGUUCGAUGACUACGAUCCCAACACCGCCCGUAUUGAUGAAAAGCGCCCUGAACCUCAGAUUAUCGAUGAUGUUGCGGCACGUACAUUGAAGGCUGGAAAGCGAAAGGGAACGGCCGCGAAGAAACCCAAGGAAGCACGACGCGCUAAGAAGCGAUCGCGCGACAAUGAUAAUGAUGGAGCAGAUGGUGAAAUUUUAAAUACCAAGAGAGCACGCAAGGUUCCCGGAGCGGAUGCCCCCGAGCAAGAAUCGGAGCACGAGGAAGAGAAUCUGACGCCCGAGGAGCGACGGCGACGGGCUAUCGAGCGCGCGGCCAGAAACCAACCCAAGCCUAAGGGUAUUCGACGAAAGAAGAAGGAUGAAGUGGAUCUUGAAGAUGAGUUGGAUGAACGAAUCGCAGAUCUUAAGGUCCGCAUGGAAAACGCCUGUCAAGCAGACAACCAAGCGCGUGAGGCGGGCCAACCGGCUCUACACAAAUUGAAACUUCUCCCUGAAGUUAUGGCAAUACUUAAUCUCAACAACAACCAAGCAGCGGUUCUCGACCCGGAUACCAACUUCCUACAGCAUCUGAAGUUCUUCCUCGAGCCCCUCAACGACAGCUCCCUGCCAGCUUACAACAUCCAGCGUGACAUCUUCCAAGCCUUGACUAAUCUCCCGAUAGAGAAGGAGACGCUACGAUCGAGCGGCAUCGGCAAAGUCGUUUUGUUCUACACCAAGAGCAAGAAACCUGAGGUAGGUAUCAAACGCAUGGCCGAACGCCUGCUAGGCGAGUGGAGUAGACCUAUCCUGAAUCGUAGUGAUAACUACAAGAAACGUCACAUCGAGAUACGAGACUUAGAUUACCAAGCAAUGAAGAUGAAUCAAAUGAAUGCUAGCAGCAGCCAGCUGACACUCAACCAACGCCACACCGCCCAAAGCAUCGCCGACGAGGAGCGAGCGCGUAUACUUGCUCCCACAAGGGACGUCAGCCGUGCGCGCGUCACCGGUCUACCCUCCACCUACACAAUCGCACCGCGCAGCACAUUCGACCCCAACCGCGCCCAGGAUUUCAAGCCCAUCGGUGCCAGCGGAAUGGAAGCGUUCCGCAAGAUGACCCAGAAGGGCAAGAAGAGGAACUAGAUCCUUCUUCCCUUUCGUCACACCGGCGUACGUCGGUCUGUAAUCAUGCUGGAACGCAUAUUUGGAGUUUGGGGGUUGGAUGGUCUAUUCAAACAUCCAUAAGAACAACGCAGUAUUUAGGUACCUACCUAGGUACCUGCUCAUUCAUAUAGCUUGUUCGGUAGGCUAACGGGGAGGAUGGGCGUCUUAGGGCGAAGGCCGUCAGAUAGGAGGCACCUAAAAACAUGGCCUCGCCACGACGGAAUUUUUAGGGAUUAUGAAUACACUGUUGUUUUACCUG